AUGCCCAUCGAAGGCGGCUCAGCUCAGCUCAACUCAAACUGCACCGGUUCCCGCAGAAACACGCCAAGCCGGACACACGAGCCUUUCCUCGGUGUUUCAAAGCGCCCACGUAUCAGAGACAAGCACAAGACAAGACAGCCCUUCGUGCCACCUGACACCGUCUUUCUUCCUCCCUUAUCAUUCAAAACCACCACCUCCCCGGUGGUCAAUACCGUCAUUGUGCCUUACCCCAACAACUCUGCGGAGGAAUCCGCCUCAGGUCCUUUUGCCAAGAUUUCUUCGCGAGAAUCGCACGCCUCCCUCAUGGGUCCUGCUGGCUUCGACCCCACGUAUUACCCGGAAUCCGAGCGAUUUCGCGCUCGCGAGACCUACUCUAAUGCGAAUCCCGCCCCUGUUGCGCCGAAAAGAUUUUAUAUUCCCAAUACCCGAUGGACCUGGGUCUUUGCGAUCGUGACGCUCGUUCAAACGCUCGUGACACUCGCUCUCGAAUGUUAUGUAUUUGCCAACUUUCAAAUCCAAGAAAAGCCAAACGACAUUCCCGCCUCCAGAACAAUCCCCACCUUCCUCGCCCUUUACAGUUUCGGUUUCAUUUACGAGCUCGUGCUGGUCUAUGAUGCAUUACGCAUGAAGAACACCAUUCAGAUCAUCGGUCUUUGCAUGUGUAACGUGGGACUGCUGAUCUAUGGAGCGGUCCAGGUUAAACAGAUCAACACCGCAGUCGACGAGCUCAACGACCAAGAUUUUAUCAAGCCCGAGGUUUGGGGGCAAUCGAAGCCAUUCUUGAUCGUCAUUCCCUGUCUCGUGGGAAUCGGGAGCGUUCUGAUGACCUUCGUCGCUUGGAAGCUCUAUGAUGAGUUCGCUUGGACAAUCUACAAACAUAUCAGUGCCGAUCUUCGCAUGAAGCGUCGGUAUCUGACCUACCAGAUCUAUAUUGCGCUGCUGAAGUUUGAUUUCUUCUUCUUCCUCGGCUUUACUAUUCAGUUUUUGGUCAUUGUCUCGUCCAAUAAGCAUGAUGCGGAGUUUUAUCUCACCAUCAUCGCCGUUCCGGUGACAAUUAUUAUCCUGGCCUUUGGCGCCUUCUUUGUCCGCCGGGAAUCCACUACAGGAAUGAUUGCUAUCAUCCUCCUCUUCUUUGCGGCUAUGGCAUACUUCAUCUUCAAGCUGUUCCGUAUGUACGCGCAAGCAACUGCCCACCUGUACAUCGCCGCUCGGCCAUCGAUGACCUUCUUCGCCAUCAUCACCCUGAUCCUCAUCGUGAUUACCAUUACCAACGCGUGCAUGUGCGUCAACAACUUCCACCACGGCCUCAAGCCCCACAUCCAAAAUAAGAAGGUACGGGCCGAGGAGAAGUCGACCGAGCUCUCCAAUGUCGAGGGCCAGGUCCCCUCCCGAAUGAUGAUCGAUUGA